AAAAUUUUUCUUUUAUACCACUUUCUGCCUAUUAGGACCCUGAUAAAUGUCACACGCGUAACACGAACACAUGACAAUUUCGAAUGUUUCUUAUGGCAGAAUGACAACUUUAGUUGUCAAGCAUGACAACUUUCUUUUCGGAGGGCAAGUUUCAGUUUUGAUUAGUUUGUUUUUUUUUUCGGAUGACAACUUUAGUUGUAAAAAACAUCAGGGCACGAUUGCUUCGUGCCACACGUUUGACACUUAUCAUUUGUGUUUAAUUUGAGGAUAGUUCCUCCUACGCUCAACUAAUUUAAUUUUAUACCAGUUUCAAGGAAAAAAACACAAAAGCUACAUGAUUUACACAUACCUUUUUGUAGAAUUUCAAUGCAUAUGAAAAACUCGAUGAGGACCUGCAACAUCUUUAUUUCACUUAUGUCUGUGAUUUGAUUUUAAUUUGGCUGCUCUUAUUACGGUUCUUAUGUCCCUCCUAUUUCCACUAAUCUACGAAAUUCAUGUGUGUUUUCAGUUCUCUGUUUUGUAUUCCUACAUAAACUUCUACCCCCUCGUCCCAAACUAAGUGUCCCCGAUUUAGUACAAUUUUUACUAAUUUUGCACUAAUCAUCGACACUUAUUUUUAGGACGGAGGGAGUAUAUAUCAUAGUUAGGUGUUUUUUUCUUCCAUUCAUGCGGUUUUGUAAGUCUGCAAAUCUAAGAACUCUCAAGAUGGGAGCGGAUUGGACAUAAGUUAACUAGAGCACGCGCUCUCUAUCUAAUAAGCAUAUAUAAAAGCCAACUAAUUCCCAUAUUUUUGACAUCACAGUAUCAUCCAUGCAUGUGUGAUGUGUCUUUGUAUACGCAACAUGCAUGUCACAUCCAUGGCUGACGUCUAUACGUAGUGAAAAGCAGUGGAGCAACCAGAAUGGCCACUAGCACCAAGCGCCUACUUUGCAGCCCAGGCAGUAUACAAUGACGACCUCAUGCGGUGGUAGCUAACUAGCUAUAUAGCUAUAUAAGCACAUGCGUACAUGUACUACCCACCAAGCUCUCCAUCCGUCGUCUUCUCACUUCGCAUGCACCGUGCGUGAUCCAGUCGAGCCUCGAGCAUGGGCAUGGAUGCAAUCAACAACAACAACAACGUGAGCGCGGUGGCACCGCCGUCGUCCAUGUGGACCAGCACGAGCCGGCGCUGGCGCCCGUCCCUCGCGUCGGGCCUCCGUGCCGCCCUGGCCUGCACCAUCGUGGGCGUCGUGUCCGUCUACGCGCCGCCGCCCCUCAAGCGCCACCUCACCUUCCCUGCCUUCUCCUACGUCGUGACCGUCAUCAUCGUCACGGACGCCACCGUCGGCACCGCCCUGCGCGCCACGGCCAGCGCGCUCCACGCCACCGUCAUGGGCGCCGUCCCUUCCGUCCUGGCGCUGUGGCUGGCGCACCGCACGGGCGCCGCCGAGUCGGUGCUGGCCACGUCGGCCGUGGUGGCGCUGAGCACGUUCGCGGUGGCGCUGCCGGAGUCGCCGGGCCCCGUGGCGAAGCGGAUCGCGCUGGGGCAGAUCAUCAUUAUCUACGUAGCCAAGUUCAGGCGAGGGGACCGCACGAGCCACGAGCUGGUGCUGGAGCACCCCGCCAACGUGGUGCUGUGCACGGCGCUGGGGGUGGCGGCCGCCUUGCUGGCGGUGCUGCUGCCUUGCCCGCGGCUGGCCACCCGGGAGGUGGAGGACAAGAGCAGGGCCUACAUGGAGACCGCCGCGGAGAGGGUGAGGGUGCUCGUCGACGCGUUCCUCCUCACCGCCAACGACACCGCCUGCGUGGAUGAUGGCCAGGAAACAGCCGCGGCAUCUGGUAGACGGCGGCGAUGGUGCAUGGCAGCGUGCAUGUCACAGGCCAACCGUCUCGCGUCCGCAAGCGCCGCCCUCCUCCGCCGCAUGGCCGCCGUUAAGGGAGAUUUGCAGUGGGAGAGAGUGCCAGCAGUGCUCAGGCGGUGGAUGCCGCAGCAGGCGGUGGUAGACCACGGCCGCAUCGAGAUGCCCAUCAAGGGAAUGGAGAUUGCGCUCACCAGCACGGCCAUCGCCGGCACCAGCCCUAUGAUAUGCAGCAGCUGGUUGGAGCAUAUGAGAGACCAGAUACGCCUCUCCAUGCUCACUACACAUCGCCACCACCAUUGCAGCAGCACCGCCGCCACCAGCGUCGCCAUGACCAAGACGACCAUCAACAAACAAUCACCAUUAAUGUUGACUACCGAUACGAUGACGACGUUGUUGCCGGAGAGGCACGAGGAGCUGUCUCCUUUCCUCUUCCUCUUCUCCAUGCAUCUCCUCCGUCGUGGCACCCUGCAGCAGUUGGCCUCUUCUCAUCCGGAUCAGACCAAGACUACCACCUGCAGCAAGGUAACCCCGGCGGUCACAGCAGCCGACGAAUCAACCGACGACGACGACUUCUACCUGUCCGAAGAAGAAGAGGAAGAAGGAGCACAUGCCAGCAGCGGAGAAGAAGAAGACCAGCUGCAAGAACACGAGGCGCCAAAUAAGACUGGCGACAUGGAGAAGACGUCCAAGAAGCAGAAUAAGAAAAGCGUGUGGUUGAGGUGGGGGCUGGAAUGGGAGAGGGUGAUGACGGCGGCCAAGUGCGCCGUGUCGCUGGGCCUCGCCGUCCUUCUCGGCCUUCUCUUCAACAACGACCACGGCUUCUGGUCCGGCCUCAUCGUCGCCACCACCAUGACCGCCGGCCGUGACUCCACGUGGGCCGUGGCCAUCGCGCGUGCGCACGGCACCGCCAUCGGCUCCGUAUACGGCGUGCUGGGCUGCCUCCUCUCGCAGCAGCCGCACCUCAUGGAGCUCCGCUUCCUGGCGCUCCUCCCCUGGAUCGUCCUCGCCACCUUCCUCAAGCGCAGCCGUGCAUACGGCCCAGCGGGCGGUGUCGCUGCCGCGCUGUCAGGCAUCAUCAUCGUGGGACGGAGGUACGACGAGGCGCCCAUGGCCUUCACCAUCACCAGGCUCGUGGAGACCUUCAUUGGCCUGUCCUGCACAGUCGCGACGGACCUCGUGUUCCAGCGCAAGGCCAGGCCGACCGCCAGGGCCAGGGCGCAGCUCCACCGCUGCAUCGCCGCGCUGCGGGAGUGUGUGGUUGGACUGGCACCCACGUCGUCAGCGAAGCAGCAGCAGCAGCACAAGACGUUGCUGGAGCAGGUGGCGCUGCUGAAGAAGUACGCGGUGGAGGCGGGCAGCGAGCCCAACUUUCUGUGGCUGGCGCCGUUCCCAACCAGCUGCUACGACAAGGUUCAUGGCAGCCUGAGCAGGAUCGCGCAGCUGAUUGGGCUCUACCAGCACGCCCGAGCCACCCUCAUCGACACCGCCGGCGGCAGCCGGCAACUAGGCGCGGACAUGAAGCGCUUCCACAGCGCCCUCUCCGCGUCCCUGGAGACACUGCUUGAGGAGGAUGUCGACCUUGAAGCCGGCAAAGGAAUCUUCUGCGAGGACAUGGCGGUGGUCAAGUCCUUCCUCGGACAUGCGAGGGAGGCACUGUCACAGCAGCAGCAGGAGGAGGAAGAAGAGCAGUUGGCUGCUGUUUGCCUGGGCUCGAUUGGGUUUUGCAUGGGGGAGAUGAUGAAGGAGGCACAGCAGCUGGAGGCUCACAUGCUGAACCUCAGUCUCCAACCUUGUCGCUGAUGCUGCCUACCUUGUUCGUACUAUGUUCAUGUACCACAUCUUACUAUCAAUGCACUGCAUUGUUCAAAGGAAAAACAAACACUCAUGUACUACUAUCAACAGACAGCAAAUGUAACACUUGUGAUCACCCUUUAUAAAAAUC